AACGUGUUACAAAUGGCCUCAAGAAACAGUGUCGAGAUCGUGGGAAAAAUUAUAUAUCUUUAGUUUUUUAAUCUAAAUUCGAAAUUUUCACACGUUUAAUUGUGCUAAGUUCGUGAUAUGCUGUCUCUAGAUAGCAAUGAAGCUCAUCAAGACGAGGAAACGACUAGCGAAAAUGGUUCAGACGAUUAUCCAAGAAUACCUGUGUCCAUGGAUGGACCAAAAGAAUGGACUUACACGAUGAGAAGGCAUAUGCAGGAGGUGGUACCUGGAUUAUAUCUCGGACCAUAUAGCGCAGCUAGCCGAUCAAAGCUGCAAUCUCUAUUAGAACAUGGCAUCACUCAUAUAAUAUGCGUUAGACAGGAUAUAGAAGCAAAUUUUAUAAAGCCCAAUUUUCCUGAUAAAUUUCAAUAUCUUGUUUUGAACAUUGCUGAUACAGCUACGGAAAAUAUUAUUCAACAUUUUCACAAGGUAAAAGCAUUUAUCGAUGAUGGUUUAAACUCUGGUGGUCAAGUCUUAGUACAUGGUAACGCUGGUAUAUCAAGAUCCGCAGCAUUAGUUUUAGCAUACGUUAUGGAAACAUAUGGGCUUUCUCAAACACGUGCAUAUGCACUUGUACAACAAAGAAGGUUUUGUAUAAAUCCUAACGAAGGUUUCAUCGCACAGUUGAGGGAAUACGAACCAAUAUACCAGGCUCAAAAAACGUUAAAAAAUGGACAACAAAAUUUAUCGAGGGAAAGAACAAAAAGAACUAUCCACCAAAUAGAUACUGAGAGGAUAGAGGAUAAAUGCGACGGAAUGGACAGCUGAUAUUUUUUUAGUAAAUGCUAAAGCGUGAGAUGGAGCUUAAUAAAUAAACUGUCACUCCAUAGUACCUUAGGAUAGGAUUUUAGCACUACCAAUGUAUUUUUAUAGUGCAACGUGUCUCCCUUUUUCAAGGGACAUUGAAUGCCAGAAUCAGCAGUUUGACAAGCGUCUGGGUUUGGUAAUGGAAAAGGUAUUGGAAUGUCCAUCACAAUACCAUGGACGACUGCAAUAACUUUCGAAACAUCUUUAUCUGUAAGAGUAUGUUUAAUUUUUUUAACCAUUUCACCUCGAAAAGCAAACGAAGGAGCAAAUAGUUCUUAAGAACGUACUAACCGACUGUAAAAUCGAUCUUAAUUGUUGCAUUUGUAUCUGGUAUUAACUCGCAUACAGUUUUGGUCAUAUCACAGUCCAGUGUUAUAGACGUAAGUUUGCCAACUUUCGAGCCUGCAUGAAGAAAAUUGUAAUAUAAAUGAAGGACGCGACAUCGUGGUA